AUGGCGUCCCUCCUCCGCCGCCGCCACACCCACCCGUCUGCCGCCGCCGUCUCCGCCCACCUCCUCCGCCGCUUCUCCGCGCUCCCCGACCUAGAUCCCUCACCGGCCUCUGCCUCUGCCUCCGUCCCUGCCCCAACCCUCGCAGCGCCUGCCGCCCCCCGCGCCUCCAUCAUCGACCUCCAGCUCGCCGUCCGCGCGGCGACCGACCCGGACCGCCUCCACGCCCUCGUCUCCUCCGCGCUCUCCAGCCCCGACUACCACCGCCUCCACAGCUCGCGCCCCCUCUUCUCCCUCGCCGCCGCCCGCCUCGCUCGCUUCCACCGCCCCGACCUCACCGCAUCCCUCCUCGACCAGCUCCUCGCCUCCGCCCCGCCCACCCCCGGCAUCCUCGCUCGGGCCCUCUCCCUCUUCCCAUCCCCAGACGACGCCAUCCGCGCCUUCUCCUCCUCCCCGCCCGCCGCGCGCUCCGACGUCUCCCUCUCCGCCCUCCUCUCCGCGCUCCUCCGCGCCGGCCGCCUCGACGAACUCAAGUCCACCUUCAAGUCCGCCGACUCAGCCCUCGGCGUCGCCCCCGGCUGCGCCUCCCACAACGUGCUCCUCCACGCUCUCGUCAAAACCUCCGACCACGCGGCCGCCCGCAAGCUGCUCAACGAAAUGGCGAAGAAGAAGUUCAAGCACCGCCCGGCGCCAGACAUCAUAUCCUACAACACCGUCCUCGCGGGGUUCUCCGCCAAGGACGACGCCGAGGAGUUCGAGAAGCUGCUCAAGGAGAUCAGCGAGAACAAGCUGGAGCCCAACAUCACCACCUACAACUGCCGGGUCCAGUGGCUCGCCAAGAAGGAGGAGACCUUCAGGGGGGAGGAGCUGCUCGACGUGAUGGAGUCCAAGGGCGUGCUGCCCAACUACGUCACCUACCACGCGCUCGUGCAGGGGUACUGCAAGGAGGGGAACGUCGGGGCGGCCAUGCGCGUGUUCAAGAAGAUGAAGGUCAUGAAGAGGCGGGAGGGGAGGAGUGACUUGAGAGUGUCGGUGCAUGCGCUCACGUACAUGGUGCUGUUUAGGAGUUUGGUGGAGAGUGAAAGGCUCGACGAUGCGUUGUGGAUCUGUAACAGCUGCUUCGCGAUGAAGGCAGCCCCGCCGUUUGAUGCCGUCAAGGGUUUGGUGGAUGGUUUGGUCAAGGCUGGGAGGUCUGCAGAUGCAAAGAAUGUUGUUGCCAAGAUGAACUUCCUUGUCAAUGGGGAUGCUAAAGUUACUUGGGAGAAGGUUGCUGGUAAAUUAUCUAUUGAAGAGGGAGCGCCAAGUUCAAAUCCAUGAUUUGGAUUUGUUCACGUGUUUUGUCCUUGGAAUAAGGAUGAAGAAAAAGAAGCGCAUUCACAUACUUUUGCCUUCGUCCUACCGUAGGGCUAUUUUUCAAGGUUUGAAUGGUUAAGGUCAGAGUGUAAUGUCUGUCUUUAUCAAGCAGAAUGGUAAGAAGUGCCCUUUUCUGUAAGAGCUUCUUCUAUUUUUUCUUUUUUUUUUGCCUUUUAGUUAUAUUAAAAGAUGUUAAACAUUUGUUGAAGUGAUAAGGAGAUCAUGAUACUAUCUAGUAUCCUGCACUGUAACAUGUUUGAUUAGUACACUUCAGAAUAGUUGAAGGAUAAUUGU